UCGGAACAAGAAGUUAGUUCCCUCCCGCGAAUGUGUAAAAAGAGACAAUGUAACCUAUUUGUUAAAAGUUUCUAUUUCUAUUUUAACAUAUGUUAGUUUUAAAAUAAAAGCUUAAGCAAGUUAAGUUUUCUCGGACCGAUAUUAUCAGCAUUACUAUGCUACUUAAGCUACUUUUUUACCUUCUACUUUAUUUCAGCCCGUCAAAGACAAGAAAUGUCCUUCUAAUCAUAGCUGAUGAUGCUGGUUUUGAGACGGAGGUGUACAACAACUCAGUGGUUCGAACGCCUCACCUGCGUUCUCUGGCCCAGCGAAGCCUGGUGUUCAACAACGCUUUUACAUCUGUCAGCAGCUGUUCUCCCAGUCGCUCUACUAUCCUCACUGGGCUGCCACAGCACCAAAAUGGCAUGUAUGGCCUUCACCAAGGCGUCCAUCAUUUCAACUCCUUUGAUGGAGUUCAAAGUUUGCCUCUACUGCUCAGACAAGCAAACAUACACACAGGUAUAAUUGGUAAAAAACAUGUUGGUCCUGGCUCUGUGUAUCCUUUUGACUUUGCCUACACGGAGGAGAACAACUCUGUCCUCCAGGUGGGGAGGAACAUCACCCGCAUCAAACUUCUGGUCCGAAAGUUUUUCCAGACCCAUAAAGAGGAAGUCUUUGAGAGGAAUCAGAAAGAAGAGGAAAACAGAACUAAUGGUCAAAAAUAUGAAGAGAGGCCUUUUUUUCUCUAUGUUGCCUUUCACGACACACACCGCUGUGGGCACUCACAGCCUCAGUAUGGAGCCUUCUGUGAGAAGUUUGGUAAUGGAGACAAGGGCAUGGGAAACAUUCCUGACUGGACUCCACAAUAUUACACACCACAACAAGUCAAGGUUCCUCCCUUCAUGCCGGACACGCCUGCAUCACGAGCAGAUUUGGCGGCAUUGUACACGACUGUAAGCAGGUUGGACCAAGGUAUUGGAUUACUUCUGCAGGAGCUCAGGGAGGCUGGUUAUGAAAACGAUACUUUGGUCAUCUACAGUUCUGAUAAUGGCAUCCCCUUCCCCAAUGGUAGAACCAACCUGUAUCAGUCCGGCACAGCAGAGCCCAUGCUGGUGUCCUCACCUGAGCACAUGAAUCGAUGGGGAGACAAUAGCCAGGCCUAUGUCAGCUUACUAGACAUAACCCCCACCAUUCUGGACUGGUUUUCUCUGCCCUACCCAUCAUACACCCUACCUGGCAGCACGGCAGUGCCAGUUCACCUCACUGGACGUUCUUUGCUCCCAGCCCUGAUCACUGAACCCAGCAGCUGGAACACACUCUAUGCCAGCCAAUCUCUACAUGAAGUCACCAUGUACUACCCAACUCGCUCUGUCCAGCAAGGGGCCUAUCACCUCCUCCAUAACCUGCACUAUCGCAUGCCAUUUCCUAUCGACCAGGACCUUUAUGUGUCUCCCACCUUUCAGGACCUGCUAAACCGCACCAGACUGAGUCAACCAACAAACUGGUUCAAAACUCUGAACGAGUAUUACUACAGGGAACGCUGGGAACUAUACGAUACCAGGAAAGACCCUUUGGAAAGGAAGAAUUUGGCAUCAGACGGUACAUACAUCAAAGUUGUGGAGGUCUUGAAGCAAAGUCUGCAGAAGUGGCAGUGGGAGACCGGAGAUCCGUGGGUGUGUGGGCCCGACUACGUCCUGGAAGACAAGCUGGAGCCACAAUGCAGGCCUCUCUACAACCAACUGUAAAUGUUAUGACUGACACACUGUAUUAGGAGCAUUCAUAUUGCUCUUAAAAGAACCGUAUUUCAUUAACAUUUUUAUUAUUGAAUCAUGUGUCAUACUUGCGUAUUAGGACUAGCAACAUGACAUUUUACUUGUUUAUUUUUCCAGUUUUUCUACAAUAUGUAUGUCAAUAAAUCAUUAUGA